CACGUUUGCAUACGUGGAAUGAACCGUUGAGAUCGCCCCAACAACAACUGGACCUCCCAUUCCAUGUUGGUCCACGGUGACCCAAACCCUUCGAUUAAAUACCGUUGAAACCCUUCGUUCUUGCGAGUUUCGUGAGCUCUGGGAGGGUGGGGGAGAGAGAGGGAGAGGGAGAGAUUCCAUCAGAUCCGUCUCCAGCGUUGGGUUUUCGAGGAGGAGAAGCUCCUGAAGGAGCCAUGGAUCGAUCCAUGCGACAUCGCAGCUCCGGGAUCAUGUUAGGGCUCCUGCUUACAGAUCGGAGUGUUUAUUAAAUACCAUGUGAGCCAGUCCCUCCGCCACGCCGUUGUCCCCCAGCCUCGAGCCAUGCUUCCAUUCAGGCCCAUUCUCCAAGAGCCCCGACGACGCCAACCGCCUGUUCGACCGAAUGCCCCGCCGCGACGCCUUCUCCUGGGCCACGUUCAUCUCCGCCGGCCGCGGCCGCGGCCGCGAUCCCUCCAUCGCCCUCGUCCUUUUCCGCCACAUGCUCGCUGCCGGCCUCCCUCCCGAUCCCUACUCCCUCGGCGCCGCCCUCCACGCCUGCUCUUCUGCCGUCCUCCUCCGCCCCGCCCAGCAGUCCCACGCCCUCGCCCUCAAGUCCUCUCUUGCCACCCAUCCCCUCGUCGCCGCGGCGAUCAUCGGCGCCUACGCCGAGUGCGGCCACGCAGCUUCCGCUGCCCUUGUCUUCGAUUCCGCCCGGCCAUCGGCACGUUCCAGCCGCGUCAUGUGGACCACUCUGAUCACUGGCCUCACCCGAACUGGCGAUACGCUUGGCGCCAUGGACCGGUUCCGCCAGAUGCGGAUGGAAAGCGUAGGCCCAACCUCCUUUACCCUCGCGACCAUCCUCGCCGCCUGCGCCUCCGAGCGUGCGCUCCGGUUUGGCACCCAGGUCCACGGGUGUGCGGUCCGGACUGGGUUCGCCUCCAGCCCGUUCGUCACCAGCUCUCUCGUUACCCUUUACGCCAAAUGCUCGGAUCUCGCCAGCGCCAGGACAGUCCUUGAAUCAGCUGAGUCGGACGACGCGGUCUCGUGGAACGCUCUGAUAGUUUCUUGCUCGCGUAGCGGGUUAUAUGCUGACGCCCUCUCCCUGUUCGCCGAAAUGGGCCACCGAGGGCUUGAGAUGGACGAGUUCACGUACCCCUCCGCCCUCAACUCGGUCGCUUCCGCUGGGGACGCGUGCAACGGGAGUUCCCUCCACGGCUUAAUCCUGAAAGCCGGCUUUGAGGCCCACCUGCACGUGGCGAACGCUGUCGUCGACAUGUACGCCAAGUGCGGGAGCUUAAACUGUGCCCGCAAGGUAUUCGACCGGAUGCCCGAGAGGGACGUCGUGACCUGGACCGCCCUCCUCACCGGCCUUGCUCGCCGCGAGUCACAUGAGUCGGCUCUCCAGCUCUACUCCGAGAUGCGAGAACUCGGCAUCAACUCGGACGAGUUCAUCACGGCAGGCGUGCUCAGCUCGUGCGCGGGGUUGACCCUGCUAGAACUCGGUCGGCAGGUCCACGCUGGUAGCCUCCGGGGCGGGUUCGACUCGUUCGUCUCGGUGGGGAACUCGCUGGUCACCAUGUAUGCCAAGAGUGGGUGUGUGGAUGAUGCUUGGACGGUUUUUGAUUCGAUGGCCCGGCGCGACGCCAUCACGUGGACGGCUUUGAUCAUUGGGUUUGCCCAAAACGGUCGGGGAAGAGACUCCCUCCGGCUUUACGAUGACAUGACCCGGACCGGACUUAAACCGGACUAUGUAACUUUCAUCGGGUUACUUUUCGCAUGCAGCCAUGCCGGUCUGCUCGUGGCCGGUCGAGCCCACUUCGAGUCUAUGGAGAGAAUCUAUAGAAUUGUCCCCGGACCGGAGCACUACGCGUGCAUGAUUGAUCUCCUAGGUCGCUCGGGCCAAAUCCAGGAGGCGGCGGAGCUGCUGGACCGGAUGGGGACUGAACCGGACGCCACCGUGUGGAAGGCGCUACUGGCUGCAUGUAGGGUACACAGGAACAUAGCACUCGCGGAACGGGCGGUUGUGAUGCUCUUCGAGUUGGAUCCAACGGACGCAGUGCCCUACGUGUUACUCUCGAAUAUGUACUCCGCGGCCGGUAGAUGGGGUGACGUGUCGAGGAUCCGAUCGUUGAUGAAGUCCCGAGGGGUGAUGAAGGAACCGGGAUGUAGCUGGAUCGAGAUGGGUGGUGUGGUGCACGUGUUCCACGUGGAGGAUCGGGGGCAUGCACGGACGGCUGAAAUAUAUUCGAAGGUUGAGGAGAUGUUGAGAAGGAUCAAGGAGGAGGAGGGGUACGUGGCGGACACGGGAUUCGCCUUGCACGAUGUGGGGGAGGAGGGGAAGGAGAUGGGAUUGGCGUACCAUAGUGAGAAGCUGGCUGUGGCCUUUGGGCUCAUCAGCAUGCCACGUGGCGCGGUGAUCCGGGUGUACAAGAACCUGCGGGUAUGUGGCGACUGUCACACUGCGAUCAAGAUGGUGUCCAAGGUGUACGGGAGGAGCAUCGUGCUAAGGGAUUCCAAUUGCUUUCAUCACGUGACCGAGGGGAUAUGUUCUUGUGGGGAUUAUUGGUAGAACGCACGUGUUUGUGUAACUGGAAUCCUAUUAUUGCUCAGUGCUAGUCAGUCUUUGCUACCAUCUAGCGCCUAAUCCCAGUGUGGUUUCAAAAAUUGGAGAGUUAUAAUUCCUGCAUCACUAAAAAAGUGAAAAAGGAAACAGAUAUGCCAGAUCUAAAAGUUAAUAAUUAAAAAACUUCUAUAAAUUGGGAUCCUUAGUUUAUAGAUAUUGGAUGAUGGGGAGAGAGAAUGAGUUUCUUAUAUACUUAAACUAAACUGGCUGAUUUGAAAAAUUUUGGCUAAGUGUGAGUAAAGUUGGGUGAAUAUUUGUUUGCCAGAUCCAGAAGUGAAAAUUGCCGUUACAUUUUUUCUUAUUUUUUUUAAGUCACUAUAUUUUUUUUUAUUUUAUUAACUCAGAGUUGCUCUUGUUUCUUCUAAUUAUAUCAAUAUGCAUAUAUUUUUUAAAAUUUCAUAACUCAAAAAAAAAAGAAAAAAGAAAAAAAAGAUAACAUGUUGAUUAUCUCAAAAUUAGGAGGCAUAAAAAAUUAUAGUCCUUUGUGGAUGGGAAUACUAUUGCUGAUGUAAUAACUUCUACACAGCAUGUUGACAUGAAUAAAAAAGGAUGGGAAUGUCAUAUAUUGAUCAAACAGAAAUUCAACAACUAAA